AGCUCUUUCUUCCCAGUUUUGCGUUACAGCGACAACUGCUUGGGAAGCCUCGAAGGACAUUGUCGACAGUUGUCAGUAACAUUCGUUAAUCGGUUUUGUAAGAACCUCAUGCUGUUAUUUGAAGUUUGGUUGUGUGUCUUUCUCAAUUUCAACUGGAAUCUACAACGAAGACAAUUAUCAUCAUCGACCGAAUCAUUGGCCUAGCAGCAGUUGCCAGUUAGUUGGGGCAGAACUAACGCUUUUCGAAAAUGAAAGUGACCGUCAGAACUCUUGACUCAAAAAGCACAACUUUUGAAGUUGAUGAAAAGGCCACAGUGAAAGACUUCAAGGAAAAAAUUGCACCUGAACUUGGAAUUUCUGCUGAAAGGCAAAGGGUUAUUUUCAAAGGGAAAGUACUCCACAAUGAAAAGCUCCUAAAGGAAUACAAUGUUGAUGGAUGUGUUGUACAUUUGGUUGAAAGGCCCCCUCCGAUGUCAGGUGAUUCAUCAACCGCUGAAGCAAGGCCUACGAAUAGCUCAAACAGAAGACCACAAAAUGGUGGACAGUCAAAUGUCUUUAUUGGGGCUUUUCAAGGUGGAAGGGAUGAAAUGGGCAAUGCCACGUCGAUGGGUGAUUUCUACUUGCCCCAAAUUGUUGAAAGCUUGAUGUCUUCGUUUGGAGGCGGUGAUGGAGCAGCCACGGUGUCUACAACUUCAGUGGGCGAUGCAACCGCUGUUAAUGUUCAGAUCAACAUGCAUUCGGAUGGCCAGCACACACACACAACAGAUGCCCAGAUGAGACUAAGGCAUGCACAGAAUUUCAUCAGAACUGCACAAAGCCGCAUUGAUGCACUUGAAACGGCAGCGUCGUCUAGCAUGGAGAUUGAUCAAGACCCAGCAGUGCAGCCUGGAACAAAUGAACCUGGAAGCGAUAGUCAGUUCAACCUUACGAAUUCGCCACAGUCAUUUUCAAGGGUGAUUCGUAAUUUCCAGAAUUUGUAUCAACGUUUGGAACCAUCACUGAGUCGCUACAGAGAACUGCUUGAAAACCCUGCUUCAGAGAUGCGACGAACAUCAGAUGAUGUAUUACCUGAUGGAAUAGCAGAGAUUCUUCACAACAUGAGCCACGCACUCCAUGCUUUAUCUGACGUCACUUUCAACUUCCAGUCCCCAGACCCUCAGAGGCUAAGCUGUUUGCCACGGAUGAACCCCGUUUCUGUUCCGCCUCCUUCACAUUCUCAUCCACCAAGAUCAAAUGCUCCCCCGUCAAGCUCAAAUGCUCCCCCGUCAAGCUCAAAUGCUCCCCCGUCAAGUUCAAGUACUCAACCGCCGAAUUCAAAUACUCAAACUGAAUCGACCGCAGCAACAACAUCUUCUGGUCCUAGGAAUGGUGGCCAGCCAUUCGUUCAGUUCAGUUCUUUUGUCCAGAAUCUCGGUCAGCAAAGUGGGUUGGGUAAUGUGUCAAGUUCGAAUGCACAAAGUCAACCAAGCAGACCCAUCAUAACACCUCAGGUAGUCCGGCCUAUUGGUGUUUCGGCCACAGUCAUACAGAUUCCAACGCAUCUUCGCACUGUACGGACUGCCGCCUCGCAGCAGCAUUCAAGUGUCUCAAUGGGAACUACUACAGCCACGCCAAAUGUUUCAUCGACUCCGUCCGCACGUACAUCGACCGGGACUACUUUUUCUUCCGGCUCCUUUUCAUCUGGGUCAUUUUCGCCAAUGGAUUUUGCAAGCAUGUUUAGUGCAGCGACCAGCCAGGCAUCACAUUCAACGUCAACUUCAUCAACACAGACUAGACCUAACCCUUCCCAGCGACCAAUGGCCACACCUCAUCUUCCCAGGUUGCCAUUUGGUCUUGACGCUUUUAACUCAAACUCGGUCAUUGGCCAUCCUGAUCCAGCUGUCCCAUGCCAGUCGUUUCACUUCGGUCCUCGGUUUCAACAAGGCGGUGAAGCUACAGGCAGGCCACAGAUCGUUGCUGAACUAAGUAGUGUCGUUAUUGAACACAUUCACAAUGGAAUGCCUACAAAUGCCCCUGCAACAAGCGCGGCUUCUACAACUUCUACUCCAGCUUCUGCUGGCAACAGAGGAGGUCAGGCAUCGUCUGUAUUUCAUGGAAUGACGUCAGCACAGCCAUCAAGCCGCACUUCGGGUCAAGUACCAAGCAAUCAGAGCCAGCCUUCUCAACAACAAACGCAACAAUCAGAUGAUGCAGCGUUUGGGCCUCGGAUUUAUGAAGUUGUGCAACGUGCUAUUAUGAAUGCUCUAAUGGGGCAAAGCCAAGACAGGCGAAAUGGCCCCACAAUAAGAGAUCUUAUUGGCGAAGAAUUUCGAGAUUUACAGAGUUCGGAUGAAAGCCAGUCAAGUGAUUUCAUCUCACAGCUGUUAGACCACUUGUCAGAUCACAUGACUGUUGAUGACAUCAUAGAGCUUGCUGCCGGCUCGUCAUUGCGUCCAUUAAGACGGCUGGCCCCUCACAUAAGACAAUUCAUAGAAACGAGAUUCAAUAGCGGAGAACCACUCACGCGGAGCAAUGUCCCGCGAGUUGUAGACACAAUCAUGGGAAGUGGCCUACGCAUUACGACAGAAGCUGUGGCGACUCUUACUGUUCGACCCGACAUUGAUCUGGAAGCCACAAUAUUUCGACUGGAUAAAGAGGUUCUAAAUGAUGCUCUGAUUUCACUGUUAGAUUAUGAUAGAGGAGAUUUCCCGGAUGAGUUUGCCAACCUUUUCUACCGAUACCUGGCUAUAUCUAUUGCUGUACUUGACAACUGUGUCGAAGGCAACGCUGAAGCGUACAUAAAUGCUGUUGCCGGAUCUGAACGGCUUCUAACAACAAUGAGGAUGCUGAACUCGGUCAACCCGGAAAUGAGAAACUUUUGCAUUGACUUCAUGAUUAGCAAACUAAGAAGCGCCGCAGCAAAUGCCCCUCGCGUUACGGAGGAGGAAGUCCGAAGGCGUUGUAUUAAGAAGGUGGACAAAAACAAAGAAGCAUCAUCCAGCGUAUCUGACACUUUACCGCGCGCUUCUGGCCCUGUGGACGAGAAAAUGGAUGUAGAAAAGAGAUGGAAUGAGCUUUAUGGAAAUCGCAACGCAGAUUCAAGUGAUGACGAAGGCGACGCAUCAACUUCUCAACCUCACGAAUGGCAUAGACACGUUCCGCCGGAGUGGAUUGCUGUUAUAACAAAAGAUGCCAAAAGGCAAAGAUCUAAGACGCCCCAGAGACCGUUUAGCGAUGCCUAUUGCAGCGGCCUUCCUGCAAAAAGAAGGAAGGCUGUUAAACCGGAUGAAGAUAGUCAAAUCGACUUCAAUGUUGCCCUGCAGAAUUCAAUCAAAUCAGCUAAAGUUGAACCCAAAACAAGUCUUUCUGAUCUAUCAAAAGAUUUAGAUAGUGAAGAACUUCGGGCUUCAUUCCAAGAGACUCUAAGAAAAGAUACGCGGAAGCGACUUGAAAAAGAUCCAGAUUACAAACCAGAAAAAUUCCCAAAUAGCGAUGAGUACUUUUUCCCUGAUAAGUAAUUACUUUUAUAGUUUUAAAUUCUGUGACACUUAAUCUACGGUAAUUUAACCUGGCCUAAGAUAAUUCAAGUCAGCUAAAGUUUUUGUAAAUUGUUUGGUCAGAUUCUUUAAGUAAGCUUUCAAACAG